AUUUAAAUAUAUUUUGAUGUAUUUCUUUGACUUAUUUAUGUUAAAUUUUGGUAGUUUGAGUCCUCCAUAUAACCCAAUGAUGACCGAUUAUCACAGUAUUAUAUAAUAAUCCAAAUACUGGCUGUGUAUAAGUGCCAGGGGCGGACUGAAUGAUCCAAAUAUCGAUACGAACGCUCAGAUCGAUACAUUGUUUCAGUGCGUAGUUAAAUAAUUUUUUCUCAUGAAAAAAUACAUUAAAAAUACUACUACUACCCCACUAAAUGUGAAAAAGAUCAUUCUAUAAAACAUACAUGUAAAUAUAGAAUUUGUAUUGAUGUCUAUUUUAUUUUACAGACAGUCGGUGAUGCACAUUUACAUCGUAGGACUCCAAAACAAUUUUAAAAUGAAAUAUUCUGAAAUAUCAACUGUUGUAUUAUCUAAUUAUUAUGGAAAGUAAAAACAACAGUGACGUAGUGCUCAUUAAAAUGUGUUCAGAAUUUCCAAACAUGAUGAUGAUUCACCUCUCCCCUACAUUAGCUGUUUUAAAGUAUCGGCAUUGUUAUCGGAGAUAGCGGUCAUGUGUUUACGUGGGGUCCGACCGAUACCAAAAUUUGCACCAAUAAUGGGCGCCCUGUUUAUUCACUUUAAACGCCUCCAGAAUCCGCUGAACCUGCCUGCUGUGUUCACACCUGUGCAGAACAGGGCUGGAUGCUGAUUGGCUGUUACUAUGUGGCGCACCUGUUUCAGGAAGCACCUGCAUUAAUCCUCGUUUAUUCUGUUUUUUUUUUUUUUCCUUUAAUUUGUCACCCAGUGUUUACAGCAGAGUGAAAAAAAAAUAAAAAAAUCCUCCACCCUCCCCCAUCCGGCUUCACCUGCUCCUCCUACAGGCUAGCCGGGCUAAGCUGUCGCUGUAGUCCGGAGCCGAAGCCCUGCUGGGUCCAAGCCCCGCUCGGAACCUGCCGCUGGAUGAACCUCCACUCGGAAAAGAGGAGAAACCGCCUAUAUGGACGCUUCUUCUCCGCCUGUGACGGCGCCGCGGCCAGCUAGUGAGCAGCCCGCAGCUAGCUGUAGCUAGCGGCUCCGCUGGCUAACCAUCCAGGCUAGCUCGAGGAUUUAACUCGGCUUUUCUCGCCUUCUUUAAGCCCGUUUCCGUGUCAUGCCAUCGACUGCUUAACCGAGUCAGGCUGGGCAUGCUGAGCGGGGAGCUGCGGGUCCUCCGAGCCUAGCAGCAGCAGGCAGCGGCAGAUAACGCGACCGUGUCCGGGUGGUGCUCCGGGAGGAGGAUGGCAUUUCACGGCGCAGGCCGGCAGACCGUGUGUGGAGACCUAUUUCCGGGCUCUGAGCUGGGCCACAAGUAUUUUUGUGUGAGCUCCUCCUGCGGAGCCCCCUCCACGGGCCUCAGCGCCACACCGUGCCUCACCGGACCCACCGCCCCGGCAGGGACCCCUCGUCACCCCACAGCCCUCGGAGGAAGCACCGGCGGCGGCGCAGCGGUGCCUCAGCCCUACAGCAACCCAGCCAGCGAGGUGCCGAGCCCCGCAGAGAUGGAGCCAGACCGGCCCAUCGGUUAUGGCGCAUUUGGAGUUGUUUGGUCGGUGACCGAUCCUCGGGACGGCCGGAAGGUGGCUUUGAAGAAGAUGCCCAACGUCUUCCAGAACCUGGUCUCCUGCAAGAGGGUCUUCAGAGAGCUGCGGAUGCUGUGCUUCUUCAAACACGACAAUGUUCUGUCGGCUCUGGACAUUCUGCAGCCUCCGCAGAUCGACUGCUUCGAGGAGAUCUACGUGAUAACAGAGCUGAUGCAGAGCGACCUCCACAAAGUGAUCGUGUCUCCUCAGCCGCUCACCACCGACCACAUCAAGGUCUUCCUCUACCAGAUCCUCCGAGGUUUGAAGUACCUGCACUCCGCUGGGAUCCUGCACAGAGACAUCAAACCCGGAAACCUGCUGGUCAACAGCAACUGCCUGCUCAAGAUUUGUGACUUCGGCCUGGCGCGCGUGGAGGAGCCCGACCCGUCACGUCACAUGACGCAGGAGGUGGUGACUCAGUACUACAGGGCGCCGGAGGUGCUGAUGGGCUGCCGGCACUACAGCUCGGCUAUCGACGUGUGGUCGGUGGGCUGCAUCUUCGCCGAGCUGCUGGGGCGACGCAUCCUCUUCCAGGCUCAGAGUCCCAUUCAGCAGCUGGACCUGAUCACCGACCUGCUGGGAACGCCGCCUCUGUCGGCCCUGGCGGCGGCCUGCGAGGGCGCCCGGGCCCACAUCCUGAGGGGGCCGCACAAACCGCCGUCGCUGUCGGUGCUCUACAUGCUGUCUGACGGAGCGACCCACGAGGCCGUGCACCUCCUCUGCCGAAUGCUGGUCUUUGAUCCGGCGAAGAGGAUUUCGGGCAGCGACGCCCUCUCUCACCCUUACCUGGACGAAGGGCGCCUGCGUUACCACACCUGCAUGUGUCAGUGCUGCUACUCCGUCCCCAGCGGGCGAGUUUACACCCGGGACUUUGAGCCGGUCGCCGAGCGUCCGUUCAGUCACAGCUACGAGAACAGCCUGCUGUCAGUGUGGCAGGGAAAAGAGUUGAUCCAUCGCUUCAUCACGGAGCACCAGCAGGGCAAACGGGUGCCGCUGUGCAUCAAUCCUCAGAGUGCUGCCUUCAAGACCUUCAUCAGGUCCACCGCGUGGCACUCCUCUAAGGUGUCCAGGAAGGAGGAGAGAUGAACGGCGCUCCUCUGCGUCUCGAGGAGCGACGGCAGUUUGAGAGGGGAUUUCAUUGGCCGUGGCAUCUGAAAACACUGAAGAGUUUGGGUCAUCUUUUCUUCUUUUCUUUUUUUUCCCCUUCACCUGGAGGCGAACGUCACACCCGCCCACAUCAGGACCUCAUGAAAAACCUCAAAUAUUUCCUCCCCCGUGAUUCGACCCAAACUUCUGACGCUCGGCGUUUUUCGGUGCUCAACUUAAGAAAAACAAAACAAAAAAAACAAAUUAAAAAAAAAAAAGCUGCUGAUGUGAGACACAGGAAGUGAACUGGAUUUGGAUUUUCAUGUGUUCGUAGAGACUUUAAAGAUUUUAACUGUUUGGUAGAUUCGAUGCUUAGUUGAUGUUUGAAGUCAUUCCAGCCCUGUGCAAUAUGGAUUCAUUCAAAAAGGUGAUAAACACGGUGGGGGGCGGGGCUGCCUACGAUGUAAUGGAUCGGUCGGUAUGACGUCAUCGCCCGCCAAACAUCGCCAAGGUCUUUUUUUUUUUUUUCCUCUUUUUUUAUAAGUACCACAUCACUCACUGUGUUUUCACCGCGCAGUGUCUUCGUGGCGUCCGCGUGGUGAUGAUAAUGCAAUUUCACAGAUGUAGCAGGUUUUAACCAACAGGUGUUUCUGCACACGGUUACCUUUGCCCCCACCCCCACCCCUCCCCGGCGAGCUGUUUGGCCCUGCAUCCGUGUGUUUGACCUUCACCCUCAUCCAGCAGGAGAGUUUAAUCAGGAAUUCAUCAUCCUCAAAUUCAUUUCUCCAGGCUGUGUGGUGGCAGACUCUUAUUUUGAAACGGACGACAGGAAGUUGUGACUGCUUUCAGUUGUCUGAUGCGGCGUUCUGAUCAGACAGAGGCCAUAUCUGCAGAUAUUUGGCAGCUUCUCCCCUAAAGCGGACUUUUUCCUCCCGUCUCAGCGUGUGUUCUGACACUUCCCUGCUCGCCUCCUGCGCCCUCGCUAACAGGAAGAGGAAGUGACGGCGGUGAUGUUUUCUUUUAAUUUAUUGAGUGUUUGAAAGGGGUGUGUCUCCACCGUGGCAGGUUACCUCAAUCCCUGGAAAAAUAAAAGCCUCUAUAAAAAAGAAUAAACUGGAGGGGAAAUGAAACUACUUUUCCCAUCAUUCCUCCAGAUUCAGUGACUUUUACCUCGUGCUCGCUCUGACUCGGUGUGGACAGGACGUUGUGGGUGAAAUGCUGCUGGGUUUUUUUGUUUUUGUUUUUUCCCUGUGUCAGGCGGAGGCUCAGGUGUCCUCGUAGAUGAACUGUGUGAAACCACAAAAGCAUGCGGCGGUGUUAUCCCAGUGUGCUAACGGGACGGCAGCGGUGCGUUUCCUCCACCAUCCAGGAGCCUAAAGGUCCCAAGAACCCAGGAACCGUCCUUCAGCUCUGUAAUCUGGCUCCCACGUCUAAAUCUGAGAGAACUCAGUUCCUUUACUGAACUCUGAAAACUCUGGAAGCUCGGCUUUGUUUUCCUGAGUGUGAUGUGAAGUGUUUGUCAGGAUGAAAAUUAAUCUUUCCAGCUUCCCUCUUUUUUUUUUUUUUCUUUCUAACACUCGUUUUCAGCCGCAGGAAGUGCUGCGCUAAACAGCGCUUGUGCAUGGUGUAAAACGCGCUGCAGAAGUGCCUUAAACCUGCAUUCUUCCUAACGACCAGCAGGGGGCGACUCCAGGCUGCAGAAAGAGUUAGUUGUAGAGAAGCGCGUCGCUCUGGGAACCCUUUCCUGACGAGUUUGUGGUCUCAGCCGGCUUCUCGUCUGAAUAAAACAUGAAGGAAAUUCGUAGUUUAUGCUCGUAACGGUGAUCUGAGGCUCGGCGGGAUGCGCCUAAAAACACGAGUGAAAAACGCAACUUCACUAACCAAACGGCGGCUGCAGCAGCAACGUCCAUCUUUUAAAUACAGUCUGUGUGCUCGUCGUCUCCUUGUGGCCAGAAUGAGAAUUACAAAAACAACCAGUGGGAGGAUUCGGAGCUGGAAUUUUCAGGAAGUGGCUGAAGGGAGUUUCUGGGCUUCGUUUGGACUCCUGUGGAGGAAACGCAGAUAAAUGACCUGAGUUCCUCAAAAGGUUCUUGGUCCUGCGGUGGGAACAAGACUGAAAAUAUUCACGAGGAUUUUCAGAGUAAAAGCUCACGAUUUAUCUCGUACCGCUCCAUCCUGAUGUGUCAGCCGCAGACAGGAAGCGGAGUUGCAUGUUUGUAGCUUCAAAACCAUUAAAAACAUUGAAGCGUCAACGAUCAGCGGUGCCUGAUCCUCACGGCUCUCCUGAAGUGUGAUUGGUCGCAAGCCUGCAGCCUUCAGCCUGUGAGGGGCACGCUGGUGGUUUUGGUAACGCGCUCGUGGGGGGGGGGAAGAUAAACUGAAGGUUUCACCUUGAAAAUAAGCAGGCGCCGCUUUAGCUGCUGUUUCACACGCAAGAGGCGCCUGUUUAAAACCGAAGCAUAUAGCUCAGAUUUUACUGUGUGUGUGUGUGUGUGUGUGUGUGUGUGUGUGUGUGUGUGUGUGUGUGUGUAAUCCAGCAGAUUAAUAAUCCUGUCAUGUUCUCAAUAGUUAAUAAUUUCAGUUUCUCAUUUUGUUGUAAAGCAGCAGGUUGACGUCUGAGGAGAUCAGACCUGUGGCUGAGCAGACGUGUAAUCCAUCAGCCUGGUUCUGAUUGGUGAUUGGCAGCCCCUCCCCCACCCAUUUAGUGCCGUGUGACUGCAAAGAACCUUUUUAGGAUCUCAGGAUCUGAGGGUCGACGAAGCAGCCGAAGUUUGUUUGUUUUUGGUCGGUUCACGAACCUCGCGAUGUGGAAACUCAGCGGGAACCCGCAGCUCGCGGUACCUCGCUUCCCGGACGCUUCCCGGGUUCGGUGGGAUCGGCGCCGGGCGUCCUCGCCGCUCCUGCGCUCUCCUGGUUUCUUUAAACUUUCUUGGAACCCCUGAAACCUCAGCUCGCGUCGCCGUGGAAACGCGGAGGGCGACUUGUAUAUCUGCAUGUGUAUAUUUAUUACCCCGCGGAGAGCAUUUGGGUCUGAAUGCUGUGCAAUGGUCGACGAAAACCUUUUGUGGUCAUUUUAUUUAAUUCACCUUUAGGAAGUGAUUUUAUUAGCAGGCUUUUAUUUUGUUUUUGUUUGUUGUGAUCUAAUUAGAUUUUUGGGGGGUUUUGUUUUUUAUGCGAGUCCGGAGAGGAGAACGUUUAGGUAACUGUUCCCUAAAAAACAAACAAAAAACCCUGUGGUGACCUUGUGCACAUGUGCAGCCCUGAGUGUCUGACUUUAGUCACAUGACAGAAGAAGCUCAGGUGCAGAGAGGAGGGCUCGGCUGUGUGAGGACAUUAUUCAUCAUGAAGCUUCUUUUUUGGCCUCCUUAUAAAUUACGAGCAUGAACAGAUUAGUGGCACCGAAGCGUCGUCAGGAGGUCGUGUGAUUGGUUCGUUUCUUUGUUUUGUAUGUUAGCGUUGAGUGUUACUGCAGCGUGAGCUGCAGACGUCUGCAGGUUAUUACAGUAAACUCAAUAAUAAGUGUGGAAAACGGACGUUUAGGAAACUUAAAGAAAACUCAAGGAAACAAUUUUGUGUGCUUAAAAAAACGAAAAUGUUAUUUUUGGCGGUGUGGUCGUGAGGCUCGUCAGGAAAACCUCUCACUCGUCCAGAGACUCAGACACUUUUGUUUGUAUUGACCAAUCAGGUCUGAGCAGCCUCUGGUUGCUUGCAGGUAAACAAAGCGGGGAACAGGAAGUCCAGGCGGGACUUCCCAAAUCUGACCAUAAAAACAGUAUUUACCAUCAUGUGAUGUAAAUAUCAUACAGCACGUUUCCUGCUGCAGAUUGGGUCAAAAA